AUGCACCAGUUUGAGCCACACAGCCCAUCCAGCAGCGUGUGCGCCAUGGGCAAGCUGAAGUGGCAGCAAGCUCCGCUAUGGGAGGCUACAGGGUCACGAGUCAUGCAGAGACUUCCGGAGCUCGACUCGCGAGGACUCUCGAACACUGCGUGGUCGUCAGCUGCCUUGCGGCAGUCUGGCCGACUGCUCUCGCAGGCCGAUACAGAUCAGAAGCAAGACCUCGAAUAUUUUAAUGUAGUCCGUGCUCAUCCGUGCUAUCGCUAA